UAACUCAGUGUUAAUUGUUUUUAUUGAUAUGAUGCUAUUGCUGGUCUGACGGGUUUCAUGCAAUAUUGUUAAGCCGUUCUUUACAUAUUGAUUUUGACUAUGGAUUACUCCGUUUUCUUGAUUAGGAUGUAGGGUCCAUGGCGGUCAACACGGGAUGCAUACGCUUAGUUACCUGAUCGUUUCAAUGGGUCCCUGUUUGCCCUAGAUUCUCAAUUUUGAGAUUAUUUAUGAGAUUGACCACUGUUCAUUAUCUUUACGCAUCUAAAACCAUCAUAUAUUUUCAUUAUUUCCCUGUAAUCCUGUUGAUUAUGACGUAAUUGAUACUAAGAUUUUAUGGACAAAAUCAAAAUAUACAUUCGCCUUUCAUUUCCACCCCAAAUUCCUUCAAAUAAUGUAUAUAUGGAUUCCCCUUUUCUCUAAACUUAGUUCUACAAAUUACCGAGAGAAUAAUUUGUAUGCAAAAGGUCAGAUCACUCAAGUUAGUUAAAGUUUUAGAUCUUUAAGUACUGUAUAGAAAUAAUAGAUUAACGAUAAUGCAGAUAAUACAUGCGCAUUUAUGACAACUUUUAUUGGUUUUGUGUUUAAAACUAUUCCUUGUCUUUUCAAUGUAUUUAUAUCUGGGUUUGAAUAGAUAAAUAGGGAUGUGAAAACCUAACCCAUAUGUGUUUAUUAUUCUUCGUCCUUGACUUCUUAUUUCAUGUCCCAACACUUUUAACAAAGCCAAUCUCUUCCUUUAAUGAUUUAAAUAACAGCAGAAAACGCAUACGAAGAAAACGUCUCAAGCAAUGGACAACUAUACAUCUGAUCCGCAGGAGAAAGUCCGGGAAUGGAACAGUGAGCUUGUCAGGAGUCUUGUUCCCAAUAACGUCAUUUUGUCUCUAUAUAUGUUCACAGGCUUGGUGGGAAAUUCCACUGUGAUUUUUAUUUACGGAUUUAAGAUGAGAGGAAACAAGGAGGACAGAUACUUUAUACCAUUCCUUGCCACGGCGGAUCUGUUGGCCUCUCUUGUGUGCGCGUCAUUUGGUAUCGCUCAGAAUGUGAUGCAGGCUACAUUUGAUGAUGAACAUUUGUGUAAAGCCUGGUGGUUCUCUGCAGGUUUCACCACAUUAACAUCGGUGUUUUUCCUUCUCAUCAUUGCUGUGCACAGGUAUUUAAAAGUCUGCAAACCCCUGGGAAAGCAGAUGACAUUGAAAUGGAAAAGAGGUGCCCUGUGUGUAGGUUUAACAGUUGCCUUUACACUCUCUGUUCCCAUGUCUCAUUUUUAUGGAUCGGAAUCCUUUCUGAAUGACGAGAGGCAGAUCCAUGGACUUCGAUGUGGCAGACUGAGUACCACAAACAAAACUGGAUCUUUGAUUUUCGGCGGUGUCAUCGUUCUUACAGCAAUUACUCUCAUUGUAGCUCUCAUUUGUUUGUAUUCUAAAAUAGGAUACACUAUUUUGGAGCAUUUUAAAUACACGAAGACUGUUGGCAAACGCGAUAAAAUUGACCACUCUCAAAGCGGGUUAUCUAGCAGUGACGACCCCCUUAGUGAUACUGAACAUGAAAUCCAUUCCAUUGAGACGGAUAAUACCGGAUUUUCGGCAACGUAUACCUCUCAAGCUUUCGAACAUCCAACAGGAAAUAUACAAACAAGGAAUAUCGAACACAGGGGAAAUCCGUUACCUAAACUAUCGAGUACUAAGCGUCGGAAAAACAGAAAAGUUGUGCAUAAAUUUACUUUAAUGUUUAUGCUUAUAACUAUUAUAUUUCUGAUUUGUUACAUCCCUAAAGUUAUCAUCAUGCUACUGGAGGCAAGCAAUACGAAAUUCUGGGAGGGAUUCACAGAUUCCGGAAGAUCUGGCGUGUUGUUUGUGUACAGAAUAUACAUUUUAAACACUGUUACCAAUCCAUUCAUCUAUGCAUUCCUUGACAAUAAGUUUACAAAAGAAAUAAAGGCAUUUUGUAAAUCGUGUAAGAAACUGUAAAAAGAAACCAAACUAUGUGCAUUAUUUAUUUACAUGUCUUUGUUUCUAUUGAGGACAAUUCAUACAAAAAAGAACACCAAGGAAAUAUAAACUUAAUAGAAUCUUAAAAUGUGUGUAGAAAACAGUUUUAAAAGCGCAUUGCUAACAUUUUGUUUAUAUACAUAUAUAUGUAAUUCGUCAUGCAAGUUUUUAAUUUUUGAAGAUAUAAAAAUACAAGGUUUGUAUUUUACAUGUAUGUCGCCUACCGUUAUCACGUGUCAGUGAUUCUUUCAUGAUUCAUCUGUAUUUUUUCCAGUUUAUUCAUAAAUUUCACCGGAAGAAUA